AUGGCCCCAGCAUCCUUACACCGUCUCCCAACCGAGGUUCUACACCUGAUCUUGGGACAUUUACGCUUCCCCGCGGAAGGCUAUUCUGAACCGCCAGAUGCGUAUUUUUGUGGCGACCAGCAGGAGCCUGACCAGCCAUCCUGGUACUCUCUGAAACUCCAGCCGCUUGUAUCCCUCUGCCUGGUCUCCCGACGCUUGCGCAGCAUCGCUCAACCAAUUCUAUACCAUUCGUUUAUGCUGGGAUACGGCGAUUCGUGGCGCUCGAAUUUUUACACCUGGGACGGUCGACUCGCUUCAUUCAUGCGGACAGUGGCACAAAGACGAGAUUUAGCUGCCCUUGUGAGACGGAUAUAUAUCCACCCGUUUCUAUUAGAGUCCUUUGGUGAGGAGAGGAUUAUACAAGCGGACUGUAUAUGGGGUUCUGUUCACCGGGUUGGCCGUGCGUACCCGCGGCAGUUUUUUAGCGAGAAUGAAGCCCAGGCUGUGCUUCGGGUAGUUGCAGAUGCUUUAAAGAUCGAAGAACUACAGCAGCUCUCAGCACGCGACCUGGUCACAGUUCUACUUCUAGAGCUACCGAAUCUAGAGCAUUGCAGCCUUCAAGUAGGCCCAUAUAAGGAGGAAGCUGUUCCGUCAGCAGGGAUACGAGCCGCCGGGAUUUCACAUCUUCCUAUUAAGACCAUUGAUGUGUCACUGAGAGCUUUCGACUUAGAAGCGUCCCGUGGCUGCCUAUUUUAUAUCGAUCAGCGUGUGGGAGCUCUUUUAGACGUAUCUCAGCGUCUGGAGACUCUUAAUCUCCAUAUGUGCUAUGGCUCGUCCACUGGUUUAUUCCCUACCCUGCCGAACCUAAAGAAUCUCCGCCUUACAUUCAGUCGGUUAAGUGAGCGAAAUCUUCAAGGACUACUUUCAUCUUGCCGCAGCCUCCGUACUUUCUUAUACGAGGCUACUUACGCCCCGUACAACCCAGAUGUUGAUAUGUUUCGCGGCUACGAUCACUUCCAACUUCCAAAUGCUUUGAAGUAUCUCAGUUCCCACUGCGAAUCACUUGAAUUAUUGCACCUUGAUCUUCGCAAGCGGGGUCUGACCUUCUCGCCCCCGGAACCUCGAGCUAGUUUUAGUCUCAAAAAGUUCACGGCCCUAAAGGAUCUAUUUCUUAACCUAGAUGAGUUCCAUUCUCGGUUCAUGGCAGCAGAUCCAUCGGGCGAUCGAGAACUCCUAGUUCAGAUCCUUCCUUCCAGUAUAGUUUCUCUGAAUCUUGCUGGUAUUAUUACUGAGGAGCUUCCUCGGUUAGAGGAGAGCCUAUUCGGCCUUGCGCACGCUGUUUUGCAGGGCCAAUUCGCGGAGCUGAAGGAGGUUCGAUGGGAUGAGAAAGAGAAGUUAAAUGAUGAAUUAGGCGUACGUAGCCUAUUUGCAACUGCCGGAGUCAGCUUUGAUUACAAUCGUUGGCCUAUGAGCAAGACUCCGUUUGGCGAUGGCGGGAUUUCACCGUCGAAGCCCACUUAUUAUAAUUGGUUAUCGGAGAUGGAGGAAGAGCCUGAGCUUUGA